AUGCGCAGGAUUCCAGUGGCGGUUUGGAGGGCGAUUGCUGUGCUGCGCGCCGUGCUGCCACGGGGGAGCUGGUGGGACCUGCAGCAGCUGGCUGGGGGGAAAGCAGCACGCGGAAAAGGGGCUAGUGGGGAUAGCAGCAGCAGUGGGGAUAGCAGUGGGAAAGGGAGUGGGGAUGGGGAUUCCCCGGGUGAGCUGUGGGACGCCAUUCGCAAGCUCUGGCGGUUCUGCGCGCCCAACAGGACCAUGCUCGUCCUCGCCUCGCUCUGCCUCGCCCUCGCCGCCCUGUCGGAGGUGACCAUCCCGCACUUCCUGGCGGCCACCAUAUUCGCCGCGUCCAACGGGCUCAAACCGCAGUUCGACCGCAACGUGCAACUCCUCAUCACCAUGACGCUCGCCUGCGGAAUCUUCAGUGGUCUGAGGGCCGCAUCCUUCACCAUCCUCAACCUCCAAAUGGUCAUGCGGAUCCCUUCCCACCAUUCUAACACGCCACCACAUCUCCUUCUUUCACCCUCACCCCUUAACCAAUUCUCUCUCUCUCUCUCCCACGGUGUCCAGGUGCGGCGAAUGCGGCUGGCGCUGUACGAGACGCUCAUCCGGCAGGACAUUGCCUUCUUUGACGGCCAGUCAGUGGGCGACCUCACGUCCCGCCUCGGCUCCGACUGCCAGGCUGCUGGGCACACCGUGGCCAUUGAUCUCAACAUCAUGCUGCGCAAUGCUCUGCAGGGCAUAGGGGCGUUUGUGUUCCUCAUUCGCCUGAGCUGGCAGAUGGCACUCGUGACGGCUGCGCUCUGUGGCCUCAUGUGGUACCUGCUCAUGGUCUACGGGAGCUUCUCCCGGAGGAGCUCCAUGGUGGUGCAGGACACUGUGGCCGCCGCCAACGAGGUGGCGGAGGAGACACUGUCUCUCGCCCGAGUGGUGCGGACGUUUGGCACUGAGAGCAAGGAGGUGAAGAGGUACGAGGUGCCGCUGAAGCGCAUAGUGAAUGUGGGUCUGAGGCGGUCCGUGGCGUAUGGCGUGUGGACAUGCACCGGCAACACCAUCUACAACGCCACACAGGUGCUCGCGCUGAUCAUGGGAGGAGGGGCGGUGAUGGCAGGGCGCAUAACAGCGGAGCAGCUGACGCAGUUCAUUCUGUACGCGGAGUGGGUGGUGCACGCCACGUGGUGGGUGGGCGACCACUGGGCGUCCCUCAUGGACUCGGUGGGCGCCUGCCAUCGCGUGUUCCAGCUGCUCGACCUGCCGCCCUCAGAGCAGCUCACUCAGAACCAUGGCCGAGUGCUGCCGUCGCUGAAAGGCAAGCUGGAGUUCCGCAAUCUCUCCUUCCGCUACCCCACCCGCCCUGAGGCACCGGUGUUGGAUCACAUCAACCUGACCAUCCAACCAGGCGAGCUGGUGGCGCUGGUGGGGCUCAGUGGCAGUGGCAAGAGCACUCUAGUAGGGCUGCUGCAACGCCUCUACGAACCCACAGAGGGGCAGGUGCUUAUAGACGACGUGCCUCUACCAGAGAUUGACAUCGCAUGGCUGAGAAGCCACAUUGGCGUCGUCAGCCAGGAACCCCGCCUCUUCAGCACAGACGUCGCAUCCAACAUCGCUUAUGGAAGCAGAGAGGAAAUUUCCCAAGAACAAAUCACCCGAGCUGCAACCCAGGCCAACGUCCAUCAAUUUGUUUCAGGGCUGCCCGAGGGCUACGAUACAGUGGUGGACAAUGCCCGGUUGAGCGGCGGGCAGAAGCAAAGAAUAGCGAUUGCCCGGGCUUUAGUGCGCGACCCAACCCUGCUGAUUCUGGAUGAAGCUACAAGUGCUCUGGAUGCUGAGAGCGAGCACUACGUGCAGAUGGCAUUGGACCAGGCCAUGCAUGACGAUUCGGCAAUGGGAAGGAGAAAACGGACCAUCAUUGUGAUUGCUCAUCGGUUAUCCACGAUUCGCUCCGCAGAUAGAAUAGUGGUCAUGUCCGCAGGCAAGAUUGUCGAGGUUGGCACGCACCAGCAGCUGAUGGAUAGGAAAGGGGAUCACGAUCAGCGCAUGAUCAUCCACCUCAUUCACCGCAAGCAACCGGGCGCGGAACCGCCACUCGCGGGAGCCUCCGCCUGCGGCGGCGCCACCAUCGUCACCGCCGCGGCGCACGAGUGCGCGGAUCGGCAGCGCGUUCGCCGCCUGUUACAGUCCCUCCUGGACGAAUGCGCUGCGGAGCUGCUGCCGGCGGUUGACGCCGCGGGGGAGGCACAGGCGCAGGCGCACGCCGCGGAGCGCGAUGGCGGAGCGGUGCACAACGGAGCGGCAGCAACAGCCGUGGAAGAGCCCAAUGUUUUGCUGUCAGAGAGGAAAAAACAACAGCUAGAGAAGCUAGGGCAGCGGCUUAGGUCUUUAAUCGCAUCGCAUAGGGGCGCCGUGCCUCCGCGCCCCGUCCUGAUGCUCUACCCCGGCGCGCCCAAGCGCUUCCUAACGCGCGCGCCCGAACCUCCCCCGUGGGAAGGCGGCGCAGGGGAAGCGGCGGAUGAGGAGGGGCGGAGGGUGCUGGCGUGCGGGCGCACGCGACUGCAGAAGGAAUUGGCGGAGCUGGAUGAAAACGAGGAUGAUGAUAACGAGGAUGACGCGUUUGUGUUCAAUGUGGCGGGGAGAGUGGCAGAGGGGGGAACUCACGGGGGCCUGCGCGGGGCUGCGAAUGGGGGCGCUGGGAAUGGGGACGCUGGGAAUGGGGGAGCUGGGAAUGGGGGAGCUGGGAAUGGGGGAGCUGGGAAUGGGGCUGUUGAGAGGGUGGAGGAUGAGCGAAAGACGAGAGAGAAAGCAGCAUCCUCUGCAACAGUAGCAGCAGGUGGGGGAGGAAAGAAAGAGCAACCAUUGCAGGCACCGGCCAGUGCUGACGCACACGCCCCCUUGCGGCCACCGCAGCCGCAACAGCAGCUGCAUGGACAACAAAAGCAGCAACAGAAGCAGCAGCUGGUGCUGCAACCGCAGCAGGAGGAGGGGGAGGAGGGGGGGGAGGAGAAGACAGAACAGCAGGAGCUUGCACAGCCUGGCGCGCAACAAGCAGAUUCCGCAGGCGGGUCAGGGUGGACCAGCCCCCUGGCCUCUGCUGAUUUCUCCUGGGCUGCACACAUGGCACCUGACGGCUUGUUAGGCAGCAUUGCCAGUGCUGUGGCAGCAGUUGCUUCAGGUUCCUCCACACCCCCUUCACCCUCACCACAAGGCAACACCAGUACACUCCCCCCUGCCCACCCUGCUCCCUCUACCCCCCCACCUACCCCCACUCCUGGUUCUGCCGCCUUUCCCCCCCGUCCUGCCACUCUCACCACUCCUGCUCCCACCAUCACCUCCGCAUCUCCCGGCCCAGCCAACCCUAGCGGGCUCUUCCAAUCAGGCAUCAAUGUGAUAUACGAGUCAGCAGUGGCUUUUUCUACCGAGUAUACCAACACGAUGCGCACGCUCACACACACCACCAGCGCCACCAACGCCAACUGGUCUACCCAGUUCUCCAACAUGGUUACCGCUGCUGCCAUCGCUGCCGGCACCCUGGCCAGCGGCCCUGCUGUUUCAGGAGACGUUUCAGGUGCUGCUUCAGGUGGUGCUGCUGGUGAUGCUGCGGUGGGCAGCAACAGGGGAGCAAACACCGCCUUUCACGCUGCCAGAGCAGGUCUCGGAGGUAAUCCCACUGCACCGGGUAACGCUGGGUUACCUCCGGCACACGGCAGGCCCAGGGAUGGGAAGGUGCGGGGGCGGGUGGGUGACGUGGCGCCGUCAGGGCUGACGUGGGAGGAGGAGAUUGCGUCCCAGCUGGCGUCUGUGGGCGUGGCUGUGUCGUCCUGGGGCCCGGGGGAAGAGGUGCGGGCGGAGAGGGGAGGAGAUGGUGGAGGAGGUGGAGUAGGAGGAGGGGGAAGGGGAGUAGGAGGGAAUGGCGAAGCAGCAGCGAUGGCUAGUAAUGGCGUGUCACUCGCAGCGGCAAAAGUAGGAACAGGAGCGGCAUCAGAGAGAGAAAACACUGCACCUCCAGCAGCCCCUUCAGCAGCUUACCCAACAGCAAGGAGUGGUGGCAGCAGGGCGAGGACUCAGAGCAUGGUGGGACUGGUGGGGGGGGGCAGGGCAGCAGCGGGAGCCAAAGGAGCAGAUGGAGGGGUGGGGGGGCGGGCCACACUAGGCAUAAAUGUGGGGAGGGCAGGGCACAACAGGGCAGCGUCUGUAGCGGCGUCUGUAGCGGGGGCACCACCGCCGUCCCCAGGGAGUGGGAACAAGUUUGGGGGGUUUGGGCUUGGGAGCUUUUUCUCUAAGGGGUGGAGGAAGGCGUUUAACCUGGAGUGA